AUGGGUUCCGAAACUAAAGUUGAAAUUUCAAAUGAAAUAAGUAAUUCAAAUACAACAACUACUACAAAUAAUCCAAAUAAUGAAAAUAAAACUGCAUUAGGAUAUAAUACUAAAUUAGCAUUAUCAACUCUUGGUAUUAUGGGUUUCUUUUUAAUUUAUGGUAUUCUUCAAGAACGUUUAAUGGGUGUUCCAUAUAAAAGUCAAGACGGAUCAGAAGAAUAUUUUACAGAUUCAACUUUUCUUGUACUUUCAAAUCGUGUUUUUGCAGCUUUAAUGGCAGUUGUUAUUGUAGUUAGAAGAGGUGAAUCAUUAAAGAAUGUUGCUCCAAUUCAUAAAUAUUUUGGUGUUGCACUUUCAAAUUUCUGCGCUACAUGGUGUCAAUACGAAGCCCUCAAAUACGUUAAUUUCCCAACCCAAACUUUAGGUAAAUGUGGUAAAAUGUUACCAGUUAUGUUAGUUGGUACUUUUAUUAGUGGUAAAAAAUAUGGUUUAAAAGAUUAUGCUAUUGCUUUAACAAUUACAACUGGUUGUAUGAUUUUCUUUUUAACUGGUAAAAUUUCAACUGGUGGCGGUGAUAACACUUCAUAUGGUAUCCUUUUAAUGUGUGCUUAUAUGUUUUUCGAUAGUUUUACCAGUACUUUCCAAGAAAAAAUGUUCAAAGGUUAUACUAUGAGUACUUAUGAUCAAAUGAUUUAUGUUAAUGGUUGUUCAUCAAUUAUUUCAGUUUUAAUUUUAAUUAUUAAUGGUAGAUUAUUCCCAGCAAUGCAAUUUAUUUCAACUCAUGAUGGUGUAUUUUUCGAUUCAACAAUGUUAUCAGCAUGUGCAAGUUUAGGUCAAAUGGUUAUUUAUUUCACCAUUAAAGAAUUUGGUGCAUUAAUUUUCUCAACUAUUAUGGUCACUAGACAAAUGGUUUCAAUUGUACUUUCAACUCUUAUUUACCUCCAUCCAUUAACUAAUACCCAAUGGAUUGGUACUCUUUUAGUAUUUGGUACCCUUUAUUAUAAAUCAAUUGAAGAUAGCAAAAAGAAACAUGGUCAUUCUUCAAAAUAA